GGUUCGGAUACUCACGGGUGGUGUUUUUUUUUUGUUCUCGAUUUUGCCGGGAUAAUAUCGGUUCGCUGUGGUGAGCACAGGCGGAAACGGCCAGUAUGGGUUAUCACAGUUGGAUGCUUGCGGCCCUGGCGGUAGUGGCAGUCUUUAUCUGCGGAACUAGUGGCGCAAAAGUCACUUGCGUCCAGUGUUCCACCAAAACCGAAGGAGAUAACUGUGCCAAGGGCUCCCUCACUCCCCAAGAGUGCACGACCGAUGAUGACAAAUGCUAUGAACGGAUCCACGAAGACCACGUGGUGCGUGGCUGUCUGUCAGACCUAUCAGCGGAACAUCAGAGCAUAUGUAAUGAUCCCAACGAUUUCAGCUGUGCAACCUGCAUCGGAAGUAACUGCAAUGUGGACAACUGGCGCAAGUGCUACCACUGUGACGGCACCAGUGCUGCUUGCAUCGACGCGCAGAAAGAGGACAGUACGGCGAAAUACUGUGCGAUAUUUGUUAAAAACGAUGCAUGUUACUCUAAAGUUGAGGGAGAUAAAGUGAUUCGCGGUUGCAGAUCGGAUCUGGCCAAUCCGGUCACGUCGUGUGACAACGUAAAGUACUGCGAAAUGUGUGAGGGAGAUGUUUGCAACAAGGAAUCGAGCGUAGUUUUGAAGGACCUUACCAAGUGUCUUCGAUGCACAUCCGCCAACGAGAAGUGCACGGAUGCAUCAUUCGAAGCGACGGACUGUCCGCUGCGUAUAGAUUCUUGUUACUCACGCGUCCAAGGAGAUGUCCUACAACGAGGUUGCCUGUCCCAGCUUCCGGAGGCCGACCAAAAGAAAUGCACUGACUCGACCGACACAAGCUGCGUGUCUUGUGAAGGGUCCGGUUGCAAUACGAUCCUCUAUCUGCAUUGCUAUCAGUGCCAAGAGACUUCCGACCCGAACUGUGCUCUACAGCAAACCGCUGCGGCACCGUUCUGCCAAACGUAUAAAGUGGAAAACCGGUGCUACGAGCGGUUGGAGAGUUCGAAAAUAGUUCGAGGUUGCGAAAACGAUUUGGGAGCAGCCGUCGAUGCCUGUAAGGACAACGAGAAAUGUAGAACGUGCUCGACCAACGGUUGUAACAAGGAAGUGGCCAGCAGUCUUGAUUCUAUCGACCGUUGUUUGCAGUGCAGUACCGGUGGGGAUCCGCAAGGGACCUGUUUAGCGGGUACAGCUGCUAGUCAGCCAUGCGCGAAAGCAUCGUCGGGAAAAUGUUACUCCAUAAUCGAUGCUAAUGGAGCUCUGAAACGGGGGUGCCAAGGUGAUCUGACGGCGGAAGAAGUAAAGGCCUGCACCGGAAAAACUUGUAACAUUUGUGAGGCAGCAGGCUGCAACAAAGGUAACUUUCCGGAGGAUCGACUCAAAUGCUAUCAAUGCACCUCCACCGAUGCGGACAAAAGCUGUUCCGAUCAGUUAACCGGUGAACCGAAAGCCGCCUACUGCAAGAAGUACAAAGAUGGAGAUAAAUGCUACAGCAGGAUCAGUAAUGGAAUAUUUGAAAGAGGUUGUGAGUCGGAUCUGGCGAAAACGGCAUGCGAUGGUCUCAAGGAUAGCGAGUGUCAGUUGUGCAGCGGCGAAAACUGCAACGCACUGUCCGAGGAAAAGCUGAAGAACUCUGCCGGUGUGUUAAGCAUUAGUUCGAUGCUUGUGGCACUGUCCUCCCUGGUACUAGCUUUGAAUGCAUUCCGCUAGUUUAAUGUAGAAAUAAAAGAUGCGUGUUGAGUUAGAUGUAGUUUAAAUGAAUGUGUUUCUAUAGUUUCUGCGGAAAUAAAAGAUUUGCGAACUGAA